GUCCCAGGGGUGACACUACCUGCCCAACCUGCGCUGCGACACCCAGUCCCACCCCUUGAGCCAAGCGGCCGCGCUGCCGCCAGCUCGGCCUCUCUCGCCGCCGCUGUCCCGGACCCUCCGCGCUCCCCUGGACCCCCUUUGGUCCCGCUCGCUGCCCGACAGAGAGGAGCCUUUGGUGGCUCCGUCCCCUCCUUCGGCGCCUCCGGGAGCCCGGCACGCCCCGCCGUCUGCUCCAGGCUUGGCAGCGGGAAGGAGGAAACUCAGGGCGGCCCUGCCAGGGCAGGCGGCAGCCGGGGCGACAUGGGCAGCCCCGAGGAGGACUAUAACUUUGUCUUCAAGGUUGUCCUGAUCGGGGAGUCUGGGGUGGGGAAAACAAACCUGCUCUCUCGUUUUACCCGCAACGAGUUCAACCACGACAGCCGCACCACCAUUGGUGUGGAGUUCUCCACGCGCACGAUCCUGGUGGGUGACGCUGUGGUGAAGGCUCAGAUCUGGGACACUGCUGGACUGGAGCGCUACCGCGCCAUCACCUCAGCGUAUUACCGGGGGGCUGUGGGUGCCCUGGUCGUGUUUGAUAUCACCAAGCACCAGACGUACGAUGUGGUGGACCGCUGGCUGAAGGAGCUGUACGACCAUGCUGAGGCCAGCAUCGUUGUCAUGCUGGUGGGGAACAAGACCGACCUCGCGCAGGCUCGAGAGGUGCCCAUGGAGGAGGCAAAAAUGUUUGCAGACAACAAUGGGCUGCUGUUCGUUGAGACCUCAGCGCUGGACUCCACCAAUGUCGAGGAAGCAUUUGAGACCAUCCUGAAGGCAUCUUGCCAAACCGGCCGUGGGGGCCUGGAGGGGCCAGGGAUGGAUUCCAGGAGCAGCUCUCCAGGAAUGGCAGCCAGCAGCAUCUGGGUAGCGAGAAAUCUUCUACAAAGUGCAGAAGCAGAAGCAGAGGAGCAGCCAAAGCAACACGGUGUCACUUGCCAGCGAGAACCCUGCGAGCGCAGCCCCAGCGCAGGCAGAGAGGCGCCCGUGCUGCGUGGCCCUCUGAGCCCGCCGGGCACCCCAGGAAGUCCCCGGGGAACCCCACAGCCCUGGGACACACCAGUGACCACCAGUGAUCACCCUGCCUGCACUGCCAUCCCUGUCCUGGUGCAGUGGGGACCAGCAGCCUGGACAGGGGCCAAAUUCUGACAUAAACAGUGAGAAGCACCAGUUCCAGGAGCUCUUCUCUCUCAAUUUCAUUUUUGCUGGGCCCUGAUUAGCAUCACAACUGUCACGCACCGUAUCAGCCCUUCUGGAACUAAAGGGCAAAAGGACCAGGACAUCCCUGAGGCACCUCUGGGGAAGAAGCCAGGAGGUUCUGGGCAGGAUCGUGCCAGCAAUGGGAGUCUCUCUGCCUCUGGCCCUGGGGUUUCUCCUGUAGGGCCACCCUGCACCGUGCACUGAGGAUGUGGCUGACCAACUGGUGUCUGUCUCACCAGGGACUGCUCUGGAACUGAGCCAAGCCUUCGAGUGUGAAGUGGCAGCACUCAGCCCUUGGCUGUCCCAUCCCUAGACAUCUGUCCCAUCCCUGGACAUGGGGCACAAGUGGCAGCAGGACCAAGCAAAGGUGCCCGCUGUCUGCAAGGCAGGACAGGGCCUGGCACAGAGCCCAGUGCUGUGGGGCUGGGAGCAGCUCUGUGUCCAGCGCGGGUGUGACACAAUCA